ACCUCUCAAUCAAGACAUCCUUAUACCUGUCAAAGAACCAACAACAUAGUAUCCUGACGUUAUCACUUGACUGCUAUCCACACGAAUGAAGUCACUCGGCCAUAUUGAUAUUUGCCAGACAAGUGAAUAGAAAUUUUCUCAGUCAUAAAAGCAAUGAAAACGCAAGGAGAGACUUUGGCUUCAUGGUCCCGAAGUUCGGAAAAGGAGCGGUGACAAACGCACUUCGCCGUACGGUAGAGCAUACGGAAAAAUUCGCCCGGAUCGCCUUGCCGAGCAUGAAAUACUGCAUCGAGCACUAUUAUUUAAUACUGUUGGUCCAAUCGCUUUUAAUCGCGGCAACUCUAGGACUUUUCAGACAAUGCUCAUGCAACUAUAAACUAAUAUGGGUAAUAAUCUAUACCAGGGUAAAGGAGCCUUGGUCUCGGUUACAAUCACACUGAUGAAGUUAUUGAUAUCGAAGCUUUUUUUGCUUGUGACUGGACACGACAAAUUGUUCGUGGCUUCAAUCGGCCCUUUGUUUACGAAACUUCUCACCUUUCAACACACAAUUCAACCAUCUAAGAGCAUAACAGUGGAUGAUUUUGUAGUGCAUUUCCAUCAUAGGCAGAAUGUUUGUUCGGCUUGAAUUUCGCGACAGUUCUUAUGUAGCUCUUAAAUCAAACGAGUUGAAUGAAAGUAUGAGGCACUUAAAUAAUUAAUUGUAAUUAAUUGAUUCGAUAGAAACUAGUACCAGACCCGGCAUUGCCUGGACGACGUGUCGGAACUGGUACCAUCCAUGCUUUAACCCGUACCUAUGACACUCAGCGAGAACCAUCUUUGACUGCUAGUUACCUGAUGAGAUGCUGCUCAAGGUCACCAAUAAAAAGUUUUUCUUUCCGUUCUAUAUA